AUGCUAACCAUCUUCAAUUUCGGUACAACCUUCUGUAAUCCUAUAUUAUCUCCACCCUCAAUUCCCCUCCUUCCCAAAAUCCCCAAAUCCAUAACCCUAUUCUCCAAUCGUUUCGCUUGUUUCUGCUUUCAAAAACCACCAAUGCCUCGCUUCUCUUCUUCUUCUACUACCAAAAUCGUUGCCGAGUACGCGAAGUCGAACCGUUCGACUUGCAAGAAGUGCUCCAAGGCAAUUGAUUCAAAGGCUCUGAGGUUGGGUCUCGUCAGUAGAGACGCUCGGGGGUUCGAUAUGACGAAAUGGUAUCACUUGGCUUGCUUUUCUUUCGGCUCGGAGUCGGUUGCUUCGGCCGAGACCAUCAAAGGGCUCGAGUCUUUGAAGAGUGAUGAUCAGGAAGCUUUGAAGAAAUUGUUGGCUACUACAAGUGAUACAACUCAGGAGGUCCAUGAACAAGAUGAAGAUAAAGAUGAGGAAAAUGAACUGGAGGAAAGAGCUUCAAAGAAGGCAAAGAUAUCUAAAUCUAAUGGAGAAAAGCUGCUUAUUGCCUUUUCAGUUUCUGAUAUCAAGGACACGUAUAAGGAUGCAACACUUUCACCAAAAUGGAAGGCAUUCCAAACUACAAUAUUUCUUGAACGGGAUGAUGGUCUUCAUGAUUCAAGUAAAAUUGCUGCUUUUGAUUUUGAUGGAUGCCUUGCAAAAACUUCGGUGAAAAGAGUAGGUCCUGAUGCUUGGUCCCUGAUGUAUCCUUCAAUACCUGAUAAGCUACAGAGCCUGUACAAUGAUGGCUAUAAGCUGGUUUCUUUCAUUCAUAUAAGCUGUCUCAAAUUUUUGGUUGGAAGUCUAAUGAUUGUGGCAGUAAUCUUUACCAAUGAAUCCAACAUUGAGCGCUGGAAGAAUAAGAGACAAAUAGCUGUUGACUCAAAAAUUGGGCGCCUCAACAGUUUCAUCGAGAAAGUAAAGGUCCCAAUUCAGGUUUUCAUUGCUUGUGGGGUGGAUAAAUCUGGCGGUCAAGCAGAAGACCAAUUUCGCAAACCAAAACCAGGGAUGUGGUAUCUUAUGGAACAACACUUCAACUCUGGCAUUCCCAUUGAUAAGAAGCAAUCAUUUUAUGUCGGAGAUGCUGCUGGAAGAAAGAAUGAUCACAGUGAUGCUGAUAUUAAGUUUGCAGAGGAACUUUGGACAGGAUUGCCAAGGCAAUUUAAACACCAGUUGCAAAGGUAAGAUUGUGUGAUCGAGCAUUGUGUUGUGUUGGAGGAGAAGGAGAAAAGUUUGAUGGGUACUUACCUGGCACCAGUUUUGGAGAAUUGAAUUGAAUUGUGAGGAAGUGGAGGAGGAGAAUAUUAAGGAUUUUACGUAGGCAAAAGAGUUUCACAAAGGGUUUGCAUUUCCAUUUCUCAUUGCAUAUACUUAUAGGGGAAUACUUACAAGGCGCUUUUACAGUGCAUCAUGAAUGUAUUAUUACCAAAAAAAAAGUGCAUCAUGAAUGUGAUUUUCAUUCAAUGCAUAGAAGAAUAAUGCU